GCCUCUGCUUCCGGCUCGAGUCCUCUCUUCUCACACACGCUUCGCCAUGUCCGAGACCGCGCCUGCCGCGCCUGCCGCACCGGCCCCCGCCGAGAAGACCCCCGUAAAGAAGAAGGCCCGCAAGGCUGCAGGUGGCGCGAAGCGCAAGGCGUCCGGACCCCCGGUGUCCGAGCUCAUCACCAAGGCCGUGGCCGCCUCCAAGGAGCGCAGCGGCGUGUCCCUGGCCGCGCUCAAGAAGGCGCUGGCGGCCGCCGGCUACGAUGUGGAGAAGAACAACAGCCGCAUCAAGCUGGGGCUCAAGAGCCUGGUGAGCAAGGGCACCCUGGUGCAGACCAAGGGCACCGGCGCCUCCGGCUCCUUCAAGCUCAACAAGAAGGCGGCUUCCGGCGAGUCCAAGCCCAAAGCCAAGAAGUCGGGCGCGGCUAAGGCUAAGAAGCCCGCGGGCGCAGCCAAGAAGCCCAAGAAGGCUGCGGGAGCAGCGACUCCGAAGAAAGCCACCAAGAAGACCCCAAAGAAAGCCAAGAAGCCGGCUGCAGCUGCGGGAGCCAAAAAAGCUAAGAGCCCGAAAAAGGCGAAGGCAGCUAAGCCCAAGAAGGCGCCCAAGAGCCCUGCCAAGGCGAAAGCGGUGAAGCCCAAGGCGGCCAAACCAAAAACCGCCAAGCCGAAGGCAGCUAAGCCAAAGAAAACCGCAGCCAAGAAAAAGUAAAAAUUUUCUUUGGCCAACUGCUUAGAGGCCCAACAACCCAAAGGCUCUUUUCAGAGCCACCCACAAAUCUCAGGGAAGGAGCUGUUGCACUUUCUGUGGGGGCGUGGCUAAGGUGGGUGGGCUUGGCUUCGCGGUAGCAGAACAGGACCGGGGGAUCCGGGUGUAGGCGGAUAAGUGGGCUUGGGAGAUGUGUAGCAAACCACCUUUUUAAGGACAAAUGGUAACCUUCCCAGAUCUGUAUACAAUUCAUUUCGUUCAGGGCUAUGAAUGUAAAGCCAGACAGGUAUAGAAAUGAAAUGGUUUGAUCUUAAGCAGAGAACUUUUAAAGGUAAGGUGGGAUUGUUAGUAUUAAAAAGUUACUCAGAUAAAGGGCCUGGCAACCAACGCCUUAAUUUUGUUGCAGUUGUCACUGGUGAGUUACCCACACUGAAACAGUAUCCCCUUGAAAACUUCCGUACUUCUCAUGUUUAACAGCGAUCGUACUUGAAUAUAGGCUUGCUAUAGCAGAUUUGUGCAGCUCAGUCCGUACUUCCUGAUUGGUGACUGCGAAGUGACAAGGCAGCCAAUGAAACCCUAGACCUUCAAGUGUCGUUUCCGUUCCCAUUCGUGACGAAACACUAAAACUAAUCCAAUCCUGAAGGAAAUCUUAUUAACCUUAUUUGAAUACUGCGUAACGUAAGUGGUUAUGGUGUCGCUGGUGGUGGGGUGCUUAUUUAUCCAAAUGUUUGUUUAGUGCUCCUGUUGGAGUUAAAAUUUCGUACAAUGAUGCCUGAGCCGACUAAGUCUGCGCUCGCUCCAAAGAAGGAUUUCCUCGGUCAUCAGUGCACAGGACAGCAAGGAGUACCGCCAGCUCAGCCACAAGGAGAGCUACUUGGUGUACAAGGUGCUGAAGCAGGUGCACCCAGACACGGGCAUCUCUUCCCAGGCCCUUGACAUCAUGAACUCGUUUGUCAAUAGCAUCUUCGAUCUCAUAGCCCGAGAGGAGUCGCACCGCGUUGCAAAAAGCGACCGAUCAUCACAUCUCAGAUCCAGACGGCCGUGAGCCUGCGUGGCCCAGGGAGCUGGACAAGUACCAAGGCCGUCACCAAGUAAAACAGCCGAGUAGGCAUUUUUCACUCUUGAUUUCAAAGACUUUUUUUCAGAGCCGUGCUGUAGUUUCAAGUAUCCUCAAACUUUUGCUUUUUUGUUUUCCCCCAGUCUGUUGGGCACGUGGCUAGCCCAAGUUAGCUUGGAAUUCCCUUUUUUCCCAAGUGAAAAUUAUUCAUAUGCACUAGCAUGUCUGCCUUCGGAGGCUGCUUGUGUUUGUGUGAAAUCCGUAAUGCCCUGGAAAUGGCAGUAGCUUCCAGAAACCGCAGAUUCACUGGCACGUACAAGGUCCAUAUAGUUAAUUCGCUCUCGCUUAAUUAGAUACUAAAAUUAACUAAUGGUGUCGUUUUAAGGGUGCAGCUCUCUGUCCGGGUGCAUAGAUGUCCAAGUUCCUCUUCUAGAGACUGAAUUGGUCAUAGACUCCCAAGUUUGCUCUCUCUGAGCACAACUGAGCAUGCUCAGACAAUUUCCCUUAGCUUGGAUCUUUUCCUCUUUUCUCCAAGCUUUUUCCUCCUAUAAGGUAUGUGCUGCUGAAAGAGGAUCUAAGACAAGAGUUCCCACAGAAAUGUGGGUGCUUGGGCAUGCUUGCUUUGCAAGCGAGCCAGUUUCGGUGUGACUGGGUUUGCCUCUGGCGAAAGGGAAAGCAAUCUGGGAUGUUCGGGCUCUUUGUUACUGUGUCAUUGACAGUUACUUAGUUCAUGGUCUUUGAGCAGCUUUCAGCAAGUAUGUUCCUGGGUGUCCCGCAUGGUGGCGCGCCUGAGAUACCCGCGAAGCAAGAAGCAAGCUGAAACCCAGGUCUCCCAGGUGUUCACAAGACAAACCGGCAUCUCACAGUCGGGGAAGAGUUGAUAGGCACAAAAACAAAUCAAGAAAACAGAGAGACUGGGAAGGGGUGUGGCUAGGGAAAAGCAAAUACACGUCAAAAUCACAAUAUGGAUCAGGAUGAAUUUGAAAUAAUUCGGGUGUGAUGUAGGAAGCAGUGAACUUAAAGAAACUUCUCACACCCUCAUGAACAGGUUCAUAUUGUGGGGUUAAUUUUUGUUUAAGAUAUGCUUGACACCUGGAUGGAUAAAUAGAAAUCCUGAUUAUGUUUUUCUUUCGCAAAAUAGGAUGCUGGUCAGCUCAAAGGACUUGGCCUAUGUGAAACCAACCCCAAACACUUUUGCCCAACCUAAACGUGGGUACUUAAGGUGCUACGUGGAGCUGUACCAUUAAGUGGAGUCUUACCCAUAAUCUUCAGCAGCUGAUGCUGAGACACCAGACAAAAGCCCUUUUCCUCCUCAGAGGCUGACCUGGAAAUCCAUACUGUCAGGCACAGGUGGCCUAUCCCCAGAUGACUACACAGAAAAGCCCAAGCUCUGAGCUUGGUUCUGGACCCGGCUUGUUUAUUAAUUUCCAGCAUUUAGACCAACAGAUGCAAGUAAUUAAACUGCAGAUUUAAUUCAGGUUUUCUUAAGGUAUUCUGUAUCUUGGAGCACGAAGUAGAUCUGGUACUAAAUUAUUACUUUGCAGUCUUAGAACUGUGCAUCAAUGAAUGUUGUAGAAAUCAUGGAUGAGAAUUUUCUAGGGUUGAUAAAUUUUGCAAUACUAGAAAUAAAUAAAUGAAAAACAUUACAAAAUGGU